CACGCCUAUAUGAGACAGUAAUCAAAUCAAGCUGUGGAUCUUACAGACAAAGUGGAAUUUCGCUAAUUCAUUACAGGAAGUUAUCAGUAGAUCAUGCCUUCUUUAAGCUGCUCUAGGGUUUGCAAGGGUCUACUGUGGGAAUUUCAUUAUUCCAAGUUCUGUCUUUCAUACCAUGAUUGGAGGAGCUUUGCAUUUACACCAUGGGUGCCUUAUUCACUGAUAUAUCAACUCCCUUAUCUUAUCUAUCGCUACAUAUUGACGAUCUUCUUUAUUGUGAGUAUCUUCAUUACCGGUUUUGAUCCAGUUAAUGGAGAGGAAAAAUUCUUCAUAUUUCUCACCAACUGGAUAUUCUUUGCGUGGACCCUCUACUGUACAUGGUCCUCCAUCUCAGUGACUAUCAUGUUCAUUCAAGUCUUUGCCUGCAGGAAAGAAGUGGAAGACAUCGAUCUCGACAUUAAUGGAGGAGGUCCCUGCAAUCACGAGCUACUGAUUGACAACAGACCAGCUGGUUGCUGCGGUUUUGCUGGUAAUAAGCUUUAUUGGCACCAGAGGAUCCUCUGGGUAUUAUAUGCAGCUGCUAUCCACACGUCAAUAUACGUUGUUAUACUGUUCUGGGGUCUCCUUUAUGAUCCUGAUGCUAACUUCAAUUACUGGUCAUUUGUGAAUCUUGUCACUCACCUUGUCACCGGCGUACUAGCAAUCAUUGAGAUUUACCUGACAGGGAUCCCAAGCCGACUUCUUCACUUUAUAUAUCCUUUAGCCUUUGGUGUAACCUGGCUUGUUUUUAGUGGGAUCUACUAUGCAGCAGGUGGUACUAACGUCAGCGGUAGGAGAUACAUAUACAGCGUACUGGACUACAUGAAUCAUCCCGGGACUGCAGCUGCUCUCGGUUUAGUGUCGAUGAUUGCUACCAUACCACUUCACGUCUUGAUUUAUUUUCUUUUUCUUUCUAGGGAGCUAUUCUUGUUUUUAGUUGGCAAGCACUGCUCGUGUUGUAAACCAACUCAACCAAGAACUGAUGAAGAAAUAGAGCUCAAUAAUUGAAACAUUCAUUUUCACCAAAAGUACAUGUAAUUUUUGUCAUGAACUCAGUAAUGAUAUUAAAACUC